AGAAUAAAACACAUUCUUAGAGAGCUUUCAUAUAUAUUUGCGACUCUCGGCUCGAAUCAUUGGUGUGGAAGGCUUGUUGGUUGCUUUUCGGCUGUAGGCUUACAACCUUUCCUUAUGCUUUUUGUCAUGGGAAUGAGACAAUUCCGUUAGGAAGCCUUUCUAACUUAGGGAACAAAACACGAUGGCGGAGGUGAAGAAGAAGAUCAAGCCAGGGCAGAUAGAGGUUCACCCGGAGGAGCUUGCCAUAGUCGUCCACUACGAGGUUCAAGAAGUUAGCACCUUGCCAGAUGGCACCCAAAAAGUUAUUAGCAAGGAGCCCGGCGAGAAGAAGAUUUCCGUCAAGUCUUUGUCAGACAAGACAAACGUGCCCUUGUUAGCAACCGAGAUCAUUGCAAAAUGCAAGCUCAUUCAUCCCUCGAAGACCGGUCAAGUGGAGGAGCUAUUAUAUCAGCUGCAACACCGCGGUGCCGGCGAUGAUGGCAAGGCUACAGCUAAGCCAGCGUCAGCAUCGGCGGGGGGAGCGCCCGCCGCUAAGUCCUCGCCACCAAAAGCCACACCCGCUCCGGCGCCUGCUCCGGCGGCCGCAGCACCCCCGCCCUCCCCAGCCAAGCCUGGUCCCCCGCCGGGAACCCCCUCGAAGAAGCCGCCCGCUGCCAGCCCGGCUCCAGCUGCUAUGCUCAAUGGGAAGGCGCCGGUCAAGGCUCAAAGCAGGCUUGAUGCAGAGGCCGAGGAGCGCGCUGAGCUGCAGCAGCGGCGACAGACGCAGGCGAUGCAGAUCUUCAAGAUGCAGCAGAAGCAGUACGAGCAGGCCUACAUGACCAAGCUUGACGAGUACAUUGAGGGGCUGUACGAGGAGGAAAUGCCCAAGAAGGUCCGCGCCACCGGCAUGAUUGCACAGCUCUUCAGGAACACGGAGAAUUUUGAGACGCUGCUGAGCCACGAGACGCUGCUUCAGACGCUGGCCCGCGUGCUACGAGAGGACGGCAAGCGCUCCAUUGACCUGUGCACCAACAUCGUGUCCGUGUUCUUCUCCGUCUCCAACUUCACGCAGUUCCACGGCCUCAUCAUGCAGAACCAGGUGGGCGCUCUGACCAUGGACCUCAUCGACCUGGAGAUCAAGCGCACGGAGCACAGGGCGGCUGAGGAGGGCAUCUCGCCUGCCAUGGUGGCGCAGAAGGCGCUGGAGGCCAGCCAGGGACAGGUGACUCUGAGCGAGCGCGAGAAGAAGCUGCUUGCGCUGAUUCAGAAGCAGGACCGGCUGCUGUACAUCGCCUUCUACAUGCUGCUGAACCUGUCGGAGGAUAUCGAGGUGGAGCGCAAGAUGAAGAAGAAGAACAUCGUGGUGUACCUGGUCAAGAUGCUGGAGCGAUCCAACGUGGAGCUGCUCAUACUGGCCACCACCUUCCUCAAGAAGCUCUCCAUAUACAAGGAGAACAAGGAGACCAUGGCGAGCUGCAAGAUCGUGGAGAAGCUGAUGAAGUUCGUGCCGGUGCUGAACGACGUGCUGCUCAUGUCGGUGCUGCGGCUGCUGCACAACCUCUCCUUUGACCACACCCUGCGGGAUGACAUGGUCAAGCACGGCCUCAUACCCAAGGCUGUGGACCUGAUGACCGUCCCCCGCUUCCAGCCGGUGGUGCUGGGCCUGCUGUACCACAUCUCCAUGGAGGACAAGUACAAGAGCCUCUUCACCUUCACGGACUGCCUAAACAAGAUGUACGACAUGCUCAUGCGCGUGCAGGACCUGCGCAACACGCCCGAGCUCAUCGCGCUGGCGGUCAACCUCACACAGAACCCGCGCAACGCAGAGACCCUGUGCGAGGGCGACCGGUUCGACAAGAUGAUGCGCCGCGCCUUCCAGACGUGCGACGAGCUGAUGUUCAAGGUGCUGCGCAACCUGUCGCAGCAGGACGGGCUGUCCAUCAAGCGCCGCUUUGGGCCCUACGUGGAGCAGCUGGUCACAUUGCUGAGGGCUCCCGACAUCACCGCCGAGCUGUUCGUGGAGGUGCUGGGCUGCCUGGCCAACCUGUACAUCCCCGAGUUCGACUUCCUGGGGCUGGUACGCAAGCACGACCUGCUCACCUUCCUGGCCACCUACGCGCAGCCGGGUGCGGUGGACGACGACAUACUGCUGGAGGUGGUCAUGUUCGUGGGGGUGCUGUGCAAUGAGGGAACCGCGCCGCUCAUCUGCCAGAGCGGGCUGGUCUCCACGCUGUUCACCCUGAUGGGCGACAAGAAGGAGGACGACGAGUUCGUGCUGCAGAUCGCCUUCACCUUCCACAAGUUCCUGCUGCACGACGAGACGCGCACCAUGCUGCUGACCAACACGCAGCAGGUGGUCUUCUACCUUGUGGACCUGCUGCAGGACAAGAACAAGGAGGUUCGCCGCGUGGCGGACCAGUGUCUGGACAUCAUCAUGGACACGGACGAGGAGUGGGCGGUGCGCAUCCGCAACCUCAAGUUCGAGUCCUUCAACCAGGAGUGGCUGGACGUGGUGGCGCAGCCGCCCGACCAGAUGGCAGCGCAACACGCCCGGCCCCGUCACGGCUACGACGACGCCGAGGUGGACUACAGCGGAGACGGCUACGGCUACCAGAUCAGCGACCAGCGGUUGGUUGCGGACUUCGACGACCUGGGCGGCGCCAACGGGGGCGCCACGUGGGGCCCGGGCGACGAGGGCAUCAUGCACGCCAACUACGACGGCUACGAGGGCACGUACGACGAGGAGGAGCUGCGCCGGGGGUACGCCAUGUGAGGUGUGGAGCGGCAGGAGGAGGAGUUGGAGAUGG